CGACUACCGUAUUAUGCAUGAACAUUACUGUACGAAAUUUUGCCUCUACCCACAACACACAUUUAAAACUCGACAGUAUUGAUGGAAAUUUUAUCGCCUUUUGCAUCUGCAUGUUGAUGAAGCUGGAAAGAAAUAAAUCAUCUUCUGAAGUCUGGUAUAGAAGCAGCUGGCUUACUGUGCAGUACAUCACGUUUCCGCAAAUCCACAUCGCAGUUAUGCGGUUAGAAUAUGUGAAAUAUUUAUUACCAAGACCGCAUCAUUCCAUCUGCGUCGAGUUGAGAUUGUAUAGUGCAAAAUCUCAACGCAAUCUGUAUACAGUACCUGAGACGGACAGGCGUUCAAAAAUCCUACCACACCGUUGUUCUCCACUUCGGCUUGAAACAAAUAACCUACUUUCUUAUUUCUACCGCAUCUCCAUAAUGUUUAGCGGCACAGCAAGUAAACCUUUCUCUCUGACAAAACAGCUGGACGAUGCCUCGCAUCGAGGAAGUUUUCUCGGAACGACUCAUUUCCAACUCACUAGUAAAGGUAGUAUAGAACUUGUUGACAGCGUCGACCAACGAUUCGCUUUUCAUUCGAAGACCUUCGUAAGCGGUCGUCGUGUAAAGAUCUGGAUUCAAAAUGAAUCAUUUGAAACGUUCGAGGAAACGUUGAUGCGAUUUCCAGACACACUUCUAGGAUCACGACGCAAGAGAAAGCAACAUUAUGUGGCAGAAAAAAACGCUUAUGUAUUUAAGGAGCGAAACAAGUUUGCUUUCAACGCCAUUUUAUUUUUCUAUCAGUCAGGAGGGAUACUAGCACAGCCCAGUGACGUUCCCUUCAAAAUAUUUACCAACGAACUCGAGUUCUUUGAAUUGAUGGAAUAUUUUCCUGAAAGCUGGGCAUUCAAAACCAUACCAAUUGAAAUGCCUAAGCAAGAAUGGCAGAAGACGUUAUGGAAACUGUUCCACGACCCAAAAAGUUCAACAAUUGCAAUGAUAAUAUCGUGGAUAUCAUUUCUCUUCAUCGUGAUAACGACAUUCCUAUUCUGUUUUGAGACCACAGACUACGGCUAUAGGAUGGUGUGCAAAAACAAAGGCCUGGUACCGAACGAUCGCGCAGGACGUUGCGACCACAAGACAGAAUGGUUUAUCGUUGAUACCAUUAUAACAACAUGGUUCGUGAUAGAGUACACUGCUGCUCUCGUAACUGCACAGCAUAAACUGAAGUUUGUGUUCUCGGUACUGGGUAUCAUUGACUGUCUAUCUAUCGUUCCGUACUUUGCUGCAAUGUUCGUCAAAAAACGCCAUGUAACAAUACGUAAAUUGCUCCGUCUCACAAGAGUUUUCCGGGUGCUCAAACUAACACAUCAUAUAGAGGCACUUCGCCUGUUAGGCUACACGAUUCAUCGGUGUUUCUAUUUGAUUGUUGGACUCAUGUUGUUGGUCGCGAUUCUAACAACAUCGUUAUCCUCGCUCGUCCUCUUUGCAGAGAAACAAUCAAACUCGACAAAUAUCAUCAGUAAUCUUGAUUCUACUUGGUUCGUGAUAAUCACGUUGACUAACGUUGGAUAUGGUGACGUCGUUCCAAUCACAAAUCUUGGAAAGCUUAUAGGAGCAGUGGCUGCAGUUCUCGGCAUUCUGAUCGUCUUUAUAUUACCAGCACCGGUUCUGCUCAAUCAUUUUGAGGAGAUUUAUAGUAUUCGAAAAGAGCGAAAUAAAUUAAAAAAGGCUGGCAUUGAAACAAGCGAAUAAACUAUAAAUAUAUAACACAAAUAGACCUGAUUGACUUCUACGAACUUUGAUGUAGGUAUUUGUACAACCAUUAUAGAAAGCUUUAUAUAUCCUUAUCAAAUACAAAGAGAUUACACAUGAAUUGAACUUAUAACGGUUAAAACGUUUAGUAGCAAAAUUUUUUUGGCCAAGAAGAUUAUGUUAAGCUAGGAGUUGGAACAGUUUUGUAUAGCUUGGAAGUUGGAAAAACAAUAUUAUUAUAAAUUUAUCUUUUCGGUAGUUUUCUUUGUGCAAUCGUUUCUCCGUUAACAAUGUAUUCAGCGAAUAAAUAAAGAUUUAUAGCAAUCA